UCCCACCUCCCCACAGAACGAAAGGACUAGAACAUAACCGGAAAUUAAACACUGGAACCCUUUCAGAAGCAGAGGAUCUGCUGUACAGGAAGAUCUUGUGAUGACGUCCCUUACCUGGAAGAAACUGGGAACUUGGCUUGCAAGACAUCUCCUGGCCCAGAUAUGUUCUGCCUUUUCCACGGGAAGAGGUAUUCCCCCGGCGAGAGCUGGCACCCCUACUUGGAGCCACAGGGCCUGAUGUACUGCCUGCGCUGCACUUGCUCUGAGAGUGCCCAUGUGAAUUGUUACCGCCUGCACUGCCCGCCUGUCCACUGCCCGCAGCCUGUGACUGAGCCCCAGCAGUGCUGUCCUCGGUGUGUGGAACCUCACACCCCCUCCGGGCUCCGGGCCCCCCCAAAGUCCUGCCAGCACAACGGGACCAUGUACCAACAUGGAGAGAUCUUCAGUGCCCAUGACCUGUUCCCUUCCCGCCUGCCCAACCAGUGUGUCCUCUGCAGCUGUACCGAGGGCCAGAUCUACUGCGGCCUCAUGACGUGCCCAGAACCAGGCUGCCCUGCACCCCUCCCACUGCCUGCCUCCUGCUGCCAGGCCUGCAAAGAUGGGUCAAGUGAGAAAUCAGCUGAAGAGGACACCACACAGUCACACCGUGGGGUGAGACAUUCCCAUGAUCCGUGUUCAGGGAACGACGGGAGAAAGAGAAGCCUGAGCACCCCGGCCCCCAGUGGGCUCAGCUCCCCUCUGGGCUUCAUCCCUCGCCACUUCCGACCAAAGGGAGCAGGCAGCACGACAGUCAAAAUUGUCCUGAAGGAGAAACAUAAGAAAGCCUGCGUGCAUGGCGGAAAGACGUACUCCCAUGGGGAAGUGUGGCACCCAGCCUUCCGCUCCUUCGGACCCCUGCCCUGCAUCCUGUGCACCUGUCAGGAUGGCCACCAGGACUGCCAACGGGUGACCUGCCCCACUGAGUACCCCUGCCAUCGCCCGGAGAAGGUGGCCGGGAAGUGCUGCAAGAUUUGCCCAGGAAUCUUCCACUUGAUUCAGAUCAAGAAAGUCAGGAAGCAAGACUUCCAGAGAGAGGCACAGAACUUCCGGCUGCUCACCGGCACCCACGAAGGUGGGACCUCGGGCCGAGACUGGGCUUGGGAAGAGAGCCUGGCUAGAGGCCAGGGCCUCUCGGGGAGUUCCAGGCUACUGGUGCCUGGAGGGGGGGCUGUCAGCUACAGACGUCAGUUCCCGGCACAGGAAUCCAGUGGGCGUCUGUGCCAGAGAUUUCUCAACUCGGGAGCUUGA